GGAGUGUGGGAAGAGCUUCAUACACAGCUCCAGCCUGAUCAAACAUCAGAGGUCCCACACUGUGGAACGGCCUUACGAGUGUGCGGAGUGUGGGAAGAGCUUCAGCAGCAGCUCCAGCCUGAUGGAGCACCAGAGGAUCCACACUGGGGAAAGUCCUUUCGAGUGUUCCAUGUGUGGGAUCAGCUUCAGGCAGAGGUCCAAGCUGAUCCAACACAAGAGGACCCACACUGGGGAGAGGCCCUACGAGUGUGAUAAAUGCAGGAAGAGGUUUAAGACCAGCUCCCAUCUCCUCCGGCACUAUCAGACUCACACAGAGGAGAGGCCCUUCCACUGCCCUGAUUGUGGGAAGGGAUUCUGGCGGAACUCUGAUAUCAUCAGCCACCAGCGCAUCCACACUGGGGAGAGGCCCUACGAGUGUGAUAAAUGCAGGAAGGGGUAUAAGACCAGCUCCCAUCUAAUCCAGCACUAUCGGAUUCACACGGAGGAGAGGCCCUUCCGCUGCCCUGACUGCGGGAAGGGAUUCACGUACAAGGGCACCCUCGUCACCCACCGGCGCAUCCACACUGGGGAACGGCCAUACAAGUGUGGAGAGUGUGGGAAGAGAUUCUCCCGGAGCUCUCACUUGACCCAACACCAACGGAGGCACCACUAAGGGAAGUCCUGCGAGUGCCCCGAGUGCGGGAAGAGCUUCGUGCGCUGCUCCAGCUCCAUCCCCCACUGCAGGAGCCACGCUGGGCACAGCCCUGGUGACCCACAUUGCCUGUGAUCCAUGCUGGGAGCACACCUGGCUGCUUCUCCUUUUGGUUUGGCCUUAAUGUUUUUAUCUUCUAGUUUUUUAUCUUCUCCUUCUCUUUGCACUCCAGAAACCUAAAGGGUUUCUGUAAUCUGCAACUGCAAAACCACUCACAUCGCACUGAAAACAGCUCCAUCUUACCAGAAAAGAGCUCAAUCCGACCUGGAAAAAACGCAAUCCUGCGCUCAACCCUCUGGAUUCCACAGCCACCAGAGUAAGAUGGGAUUCAGAGGCGAUUGACAGAAGUGGGACCCGAAUUUGGAACACUGGGAUGGGAAUUGUUUGGGUCUGGGUGUGUGGGAUGUAUUUGAUAGCAAAUAAAACUCUCG